AUGCGCUAUCACAAAUUUGCAAUUUCAAGUGGCCCUUUUGGAUUUGCUUGGAGUUCCAGGGAUUAUGGAACAGCAGCUGAGGCUAUUGCGUUAACUUCUGAAGAAGAUGUUGAUGAAAUUCAAGAAUUGGUAGAGGAAUUGAAUAAAGAGAUUCAGGAGAAAGGUCAGCAAAAGCAGCCUAAAAUGGUGGGAGGAAUGGGUGUAGCGAAGUACAAUAUGCUGAGGAGGAAGCAAAUAAAGUUGGAGACUGAGGCGUGGGAAGAGGCUGCAAAAGAAUAUCAAGAGCUUUUAGUUGACAUGUGUGAGCAAAAAUUGGCUCCCAAUUUGCCUUACGUGAAGUCAUUGUUCUUGGGGUGGUUUGAGCCGCUGAGAGAUGCCAUUGCUGCUGAACAGGAGUUGUGUAAGGAAGGGAAAAAUCGGAAGGGUUACGCUCCACAAUUUGAUCUCUUGCCUGCAGGUAUGAUGGCGGUUAUUACUAUGCAUAAGUUGAUGGGGCUGUUAAUGACUGGUGGAGGCAAUGGCAGUGCAAGGGUAGUGCAAGCUGCAUGUCAUAUUGGCGAAGCCAUUGAGCAAGAGGCCAGAAUACACAGAUUUUUGGAGAAGACCAAGAGGAAGAAUGCACCAAGUAAAAGUUCUGAAGAAGAACCUGAUCCUGCAGUGAAGGAACAGGAGAGACUGAGAAAGAAGGUCAAUAUUUUGAUGAAGAAACAAAAACUACACCAAGUUAAGAAAAUAGUGAAACAACAAGAUGAUCUAAAAACCUGGGGCCAGGAUGCUCAAGUAAAGGUUGGCUGCCGUUUGAUUCAGAUAUUAACGGAAACAGCCCAUAUACAACCUCCAGUUGAUCAGUUAGAAGAUGGACCACCUGAUAUUCGACCUGCAUUUGUGCACUCACUUAAAACUGUGGAAACACAGAGAGGCAGCAGGAGAUAUGGAGUGAUUGAGUGUGACCCUCUAGUUCGCAAAGGGAUGGAAAGAACUGCCAGGCACAUGGUAAUUCCAUAUAUGCCAAUGUUGGUCCCCCCUCUAAACUGGACAGGGUAUGAUAGAGGUGCUUAUUUGUUCCUACCAUCUUACAUCAUGCGCACACAUGGAGCAAAACAACAACGUGAAGCAGUUAAAAGAGUUCCAAGAAACCAGUUAGAACCUGUUUUUGAGGCACUUAAUACACUUGGAAAUACCAAAUGGAAGGUCAAUAAAAGAAUUCUAGGGAUUGUUGACAGAAUCUGGGCUAGUGGGGGUCAACUUGCUGACUUGGUUGAUCGUGAAGACGUUCCUUUGCCCGAGGAGCCGGAUACAGAUGAUGAAACCGAAAUCAGGAAAUGGAAGUGGAAAGUUAAAGCUACGAAAAAGGAGAACAGUGAAAGGCAUUCACAGCGAUGUGAUAUAGAACUCAAACUUUCUGUUGCAAGAAAAAUGAAGGAUGAAGAUGGCUAUUAUUACCCUCACAAUUUAGAUUUCCGCGGUCGUGCAUAUCCCAUGCACCCAUACUUGAAUCAUCUUGGAUCUGACCUCUGCCGAGGAAUCCUAGAAUUUGCAGAAGGACGCCCACUUGGCAAAUCAGGCUUACAAUGGUUGAAGAUACAUUUAGCAAAUUUAUAUGGCAGUGGUGUGGACAAAUUAUCUUACAAAGGGCGAAUGGAAUUUGCUGAAAACCAUAUGGAAGAUAUCUUUGUUUCUGCAGAUAGGCCUCUUGAAGGGAACCGCUGGUGGUUAGGUGCAGAGGAUCCUUUCCAAUGCUUAGCAACAUGUAUGAACCUAGCUGAAGCAUUAAGAAGUCCAUCUCCAGAGACUGCUAUAUCUCAUAUGCCGGUUCACCAGGAUGGCUCAUGUAAUGGCUUGCAACACUAUGCUGCCCUUGGGAGGGACAAGUUGGGAGCAGCUGCAGUCAAUCUUGUCAAGGGAGAUAAACCUGCAGAUGUUUACUCAGGAAUCGCUUCAAGAGUUCUUGACAUCAUGAAGAGGGAUGCUGCAAAAGACCCUGCAUCUGAUCCCAAUGUUAUGCGUGCAAGACUGUUAAUUAACCAGGUGGACAGGAAAUUAGUCAAGCAAACAGUGAUGACAUCAGUAUACGGCGUCACUUAUAUAGGUGCACGAGAUCAAAUCAAGAAGAGGUUAAAGGAGCGUGGUGCUAUUGAGGAUGACACGGAGUUGUUUUCUGCAGCAUGCUAUGCAGCAAAGACAACCUUGACUGCCUUAGGAGAGAUGUUUGAAGCUGCACGGAGCAUCAUGAGUUGGCUUGGAGACUGUGCAAAGAUUAUAGCUAUGGAGAACGAACCAGUACGUUGGACCACACCGCUUGGGCUCCCUGUUGUACAACCUUACCGGAAAUUAGGAAGGCAUCUGGUUAAGACUUCUCUUCAGAUUUUGACACUCCAACGUGAAACUGACAAGGUGAUGGUUAAGCGGCAGAGAACAGCUUUUCCUCCAAAUUUUGUUCACUCUCUUGAUGGUUCUCAUAUGAUGAUGACUGCUAUUUCUUGUAAAGAGGCAGGGUUAAGUUUUGCAGGAGUGCAUGAUUCAUACUGGACGCAUGCAUGUGAUGUAGACCAAUUGAACAAGAUUCUCAGAGAAAAGUUUGUUGAACUCUACGAUGCACCGAUUUUGGAGAAUUUGUUGGAAAGUUUUCAGCAGUCCUUCCCCAAGUUAAACUUUCCCCCAUUGCCAGAACGUGGAGACUUUGACUUGAGAGAAGUUUUGGAGUCUCCCUAUUUUUUCAACUAA